UGCCCGCCAUGCCGCAGUUUGACCAGAGUCUUGGUGGAGUCAUACCGAACCGUCAAAGAGUCGGGUCAGAAGUUUGAGAUUGUGUUUGUCAGCGCCGACAGGUCAGAGGAGUCCUUUAAGCAGUACUUCAGCGAGAUGCCGUGGUUGGCGGUGCCAUACUCAGACGAGGCUCGGCGGUCACGACUCAACAGACUAUAUGGAAUACAAGGUAUUCCCACGCUGAUUCUGCUUGAUGCAGAGGGUCACAUGAUCACGCGACAGGGCCGCGUUGAGGUGCUGAAUGACCCCGAGUGCCGGCUCUUUCCCUGGCACCCUCGGCCCGUGCUGGAGCUCAGCGAGGCCAACGCCGUGCAGCUCCACGAGGGGCCCUGCCUUGUCCUGUUUGUGGAUGCAGAGGAAGAAGGUGAAUUGGAGCCAGCCAAGGAGCUGAUUCAGCCAAUCGCAGAGAAGCUUAUGGCCAAGUACAAAGCAAAGGAAGAGGAGAUGCCGCUGCUGUUCUUUGUGGCUGGAGAGGUGAGAUAAGCCACUCGAGGCACAGUCAAAUGACAUUUCACACAAACUUGUAUAGCUGACGUUGGGUCUGUGAACUUGUCUGCAAGUGUUUGUUAUACUGUGCUUUAGUUAUGACAUAUGGUACAACAACCUGACCGAUAGUGGAGUUUUGAGGGUGAUACUGAUUUUUAAAGGAACAGUGUGUAAG